AUGUCAUUCCUGAACAGAUUCAACUUCGUUAUCGUAGGACUAGAUCCAGCCUCCCCAGGAUAUAGAGAUGAGCACAUUGACGUGAGACUGGACGCCACUGACGCCGAGUUCGUUGACGUCAUCCAUAGUGAUUCUCCCAGAGUAGGUACCCCUGACAAAAGUGGAAAGUUUGACUUUUGGCCAAAUGGCGGUGGAUCACAACCUGGAUGCGCCAUCAAAAAAAGAGGAGUGGUCGAUAAAAUCGUCAAAUUGGUGGGCUGUGAACAUUUCCGAGCUCACCAGUAUUUCAUUGAGUCCAUCAAAUCCACCGAGUGCUUAUUUCGUUCGUAUCCUUGCCGAUCAUGGAAUGAGUUCAGACGUGGUGAUUGCAUGGAAUGUGGAGCUAAUGGGAAGAACUGUCCAGAAAUGGGCUUUAACGCCAUUAARUACAAGGAUGUAAARAAUGGAAACUUUUAUCUUUAUACAAAUGAAAAACCUCCAUAUUGCGUAUCUCGCUACAUGUACGUAAGAUUCGAAACUGGCAGCACCACAUUUGGAGUAGGGGGUGGACAUAAUCCGAGGAUUCGCAUCCAUGGAAGCAAAGGAGGAACAGGAGAUAUCAAAUUCGAAGGGAAGCUCGAUCAAAGUACCACCGAACAAUUUCUUGCACCAAUCAAGGCAGACCUUGGUGAGCUUAAAUCCGUUGAAGUAAAAAACCACAUGACUGCUAACCCACUUGAUCCUUGGAAAGUAAAGAAGGUUACUCUUCAAUACGUUGACGGCACUGACAGUUUCCAUGCUUGCUUCAACAUUAAUGUGUAUCGCUCAUUCAAGAAGAGAGAUCUUACACGCGGCAACGCAGAGUGCAAGAGAAAACAUUCCAUAAGAGUUCCUCGAAAUAAACAACGACAUAUUGGAUCGGAAUAACAUGGACAAAAGAAUGUCAAGUCAAAGAUGAAGAAGAAAAGCAACUUAAAAAAAAGAAAACUCCACUCUUGACUGUUAUUGAAGACGGACAUUUAAAAUACAGAUUCAGCAACCAAGAGGACAAUGUCAUUCUAAUGUCAUGUUGACCUAGGCUUUGCUUCGUUUGUUUUGAGCAAACCAACCGGAGUACGAUUUGGUGUAAAUCUACUUUAAUAAAGUUAAAUACAUAUCCCAAACUUGUGUGAUCUAUAUUGAUAAAUACUAUCAACUUUCACAAUURAUAGUAACGUAGCAAUUUAUUCCAGUAGUCCAAGAGUUUUUAUUAAGGUG